UUUAAGAGUCAUGUUAUGUAUUAGACCGAAAAGCCAAUCUGUCAUUCUUCGCUCCUCUCAUUACAUCAGCUUCUGCAGCUGCUUUGAAACGCCUCUUGCAAAUAUGCUGCUUUCAUUUAAAUCUUCACUGAAUUCGAUCACUCACCUAAAAUGUCUAAACUUGCGCUUGCUUCUUCUGCUUAUUCUAUCAGCAACUACCGCAUUCGCCGGCCAAAUCGUCAAGUAUCUUCCAGGAUACGAUGGUGAACUCCCAUUCAAACUCGAAACUGGAUACAUAAGCGUUGAUGAGUCGGAGCUAUUCUACUACUUCAUUGAGUCGCAAGGCAAUCCCGAUGAAGAUCCUCUUUUCCUUUGGCUGACUGGUGGCCCUGGCUGUUCUUCAUUCCAUGGAUUAAUCUACCAAAUCGGACCAUUGGAGUUUGAUAUUGAAACCUACAAAGGGGGCUUACCGAGAAUCAAGUACUACCCCUAUGCAUGGACAAAGACAGCCAGCAUCAUAUUCUUAGAUGCACCAGUUGGCACUGGUUUCUCUUACUCCACAAAGGCAGACGCCUGGUCUUCCUCUGACUCUGAAUCCGCUAAGCAAUCCUAUGAGUUCCUUAGAAAGUGGUUAAUUGAGAACCCAAAAUACUUGGCUGUUGAACUAUUCAUUAGUGGUGAUUCUUAUUCAGGCAUGAUUGUUCCCCAGAUCACCAAACUGGUUGUAGAGGGAAAUGAAGCCGGCACCCAACCAAAAAUGAAUCUGAUAGGGUAUUUGAUUGGGAGCCCACGAACGGAUUCAGUGAUUGAUGAGAAUUCAAAAAUUGUAUUUUCUCAUCGCAUGGCACUUAUAUCAGAUGAACUCUAUGAGGACCUAAAAGUAUAUUGCCAUGAGAACUAUGUGAAUAUAGAUCCUUCGAAUACAAGAUGUGUAGCUGCUUAUGAAAUUUACGAAAAAUGCGUUAAAGAUUUGUAUCGCAGUGACAUUUUGGAACCGAAAUGUACUUUUGCGUCGCCAAAUGUGGACCAAGAAGAAAUGCCUCGCCGGGCUUUACAAGAAAAUCCUGCAAAUUUCAUCCUUUCACCACCAAAAAUUCCUGACUUCUGGUGCCGGAAUUUUAACUAUGCACUCUCCUACAUGUGGGCUAAUAAUGACCAAGUGCAAGAUGCUUUACACGUUCGGAAGGGGCUUGUAUCAGAUUGGAAGAGAUGCAAUAAGAGUUUAUCAUACACGAAGGAUGUCUUGAGUGUGGUUGAUGUUCAUCGAUAUCUCAGUACAAAAGGCUUACAAGUUCUGGUUGAGUGCGGAGAUCGAGACCUUGUGGUUCCCUUCGUGGGCACAGAGAAGUGGAUAAAGUUACUAAACUUAACAGUGGUAAAUGACUGGCGGCCAUGGUUCGUUGAUGGUCAGGUGGCUGGAUACACUAUAAAGUACUCAGAGCAUGGAUAUCGGUUGACAUACGCAACUCUGAAGGGCGCAGGUCAUCCGGCUCCAGAGUACAAACGAAGAAUAUGUUAUGAAAUGUUUGAUAGGUGGAUCCACUGGUAUCCUCUCUAGUGCUGAUUGGUAAAUUGGACUUCAAUAAUUCUAUAUAAGCACUAUUACCACUGUGCCUAAGCUGCUUAAAAAUUCAUGAGAGGAGAAUGAUUUACUUCUAAUUCUAUAUAAGCACUAUUUAUGAUUGUAAGAAUAAUUGAUUAUGUGAUAAUCAAUUCUUUAGUGUAAUCUAUGAUUAUGUGUGA